ACACAACAAAACCUCAUGUUCGAAUUUUGAUAGUCACAUUUUCCCGGCAAAAUCCCUAACUGAAACUGCGAAAUGUCCAAAGUGCCCCUCUUUAUUUCAUUUCAUUUCUUUCUGUUAUUCAGCGUCGCUGUACCCUCUCGGGUAAUUUCAGAAACUGAACAAACAAUUUUACUCACUCUCAAACGUGAACUGGGAGACCCACCGUCGCUCCGAUCAUGGAAACCGUCUCCUUCUGCGCCGUGCGAGUGGGCGGAGAUUGGAUGCAGCAGCGGCGGCGCCGUCACGAAGCUAGUCCUCUCCAGCAAAGGCAUCACCACCACCAAGAGCCUUCCUUCCACAAUCUGCAACCUCAAACACCUACUUGAGCUUAACCUCUUCAACAACUCCAUUUCCGGCGAGUUUCCGACAACCUUGUACGAAUGCUCCAACCUCCGGUACCUCAACCUGUCGCAGAACUACCUCGCUGGAGCGAUCCCCGCCGACGUGGACCGCCUCAAAACCCUCACUUUCCUGGACCUCAGCGCCAACUCCUUCUCCGGAGAGAUCCCGGCCGCGAUUGGGAACCUGUCAGAACUGCAAACGCUGUAUCUGUCCGCAAACAACUUCGAGGGAACUGUCCCCAGGGAAAUCGGAAACUUGUUGAACCUCGAAUUUUUGGGUUUGGCUUAUAAUCUCAAACUCGCGCCGUGGGAGUUCCCGUUGGAGUUUAGGAAAUUAAAAAAUUUGAGGUCUAUGUAUAUGCCGCAGUGUAACUUGAUCGGAGAGAUUCCAGAAUAUUUCGGGGAUAUUUUCACGAACCUCGAACGGUUGGAUUUGGGGAAGAACAAGUUAUCAGGGAGCAUUCCGAGGAAUUUGUUCUCGCUGAGGAAGUUGAGGUUCUUGUACCUGUUCAGUAACAGAUUGUCGGGUGUGAUUCCUAGUACUACGAUGCAGUGUUUGGAAUUAAUCGAGCUUGAUUUCGCGAAGAAUAAUUUGACGGGUUCCAUACCCCCAGAGUUUGGAAAGUUAAAGAACUUGAGUACCUUGCACUUGUACGAAAAUCACUUGGUCGGUGAGAUUCCCGUAAGUUUAAGCCAAAUUCCUAGUCUCGUCUAUUUCAGGGUUUUCAGCAAUAACUUGAGUGGAACACUGCCUCCAGAACUAGGCUUGCAUUCCAAGCUUACAGUGUUUGAGGUUUCUGAGAACCAGCUCAGUGGUGGGUUGCCGGAACAUUUAUGUGCAGGUGGUGCCCUUAUUGGUGUGGUUGCAUUUUCCAACAAUUUUAGUGGGGUUUUGCCUGAGUGGAUUGGGAAUUGUCCUUCUCUAGCCACGGUUCAGCUUUAUAAUAACAAGUUUUCGGGUGAGGUUCCUUUGGGUUUGUGGACUAUGAAUAACCUUUCGUCCUUGAUUUUGAGCAACAACUCUUUUUCUGGGUCUCUUCCGAGUCAAGUGUUUUGGAAUAUGACGAGGAUUGAAAUCGCCAACAACAACUUCUCGGGUGGGAUAUCUGUUGGGAUUACUUCAGCUAAAAAUCUGAUGUUUCUUGAUGCCAGAAACAACAUGCUUUUGGGUGAAAUUCCAAGGGAAUUGACUCAACUUUCACAGCUUACAGCUCUCAUGCUGGAUGGUAACCAACUUUCGGGUGCACUUCCAUCUGAGAUUAUUUCGUGGCAAUCACUGAACAUUUUGACACUAUCAGGAAACAAACUUUCUGGCCAGAUUCCCACGGCUAUUACUGCUCUUCCCCGCCUGGCUUACCUGGACUUGUCUCAAAACGACAUAUCAGGUGAAAUACCUCCUCAGUUUGAUAGGUUGCGGUUUGUUUUCCUCAACUUGUCCUCCAACCGGCUAUCUGGGAAAAUUCCUGAUGAGUUCAAUAACCUCGCAUUUGAAAACAGUUUCUUGAACAAUCCUCAUCUAUGUGCUUACAAUCCAAACGUCCACCUUGACAACUGCUUGACCAAAACCGCGUCAGCGGCACCACAGUCGAGCAAUUCGUCUUCGAAAUCAGUGGCCCUGGUUCUGGCUGCCACUGCGGUUGUGUUAGCGGCAAUAGCUUCCUUGGUCUACUAUAUGUUGAAAACGCAAUGGGGCAAAAAGCACUGCGGGCAUAAAAAUAAGGUUGCAACGUGGAGGCUCACUUCAUUCCAGAAGCUUGAUCUCACGGAAAUAAACUUCCUCUCGAGUUUGACAGACAAUAACCUCAUAGGGAGUGGAGGGUUUGGGAAAGUUUACCGGAUUGCUUCAAAUCGUCCAGGUGAGUAUGUUGCGGUGAAGCGGAUCUGGAAUCGCGAGAAUGUGGAUGACAAGUUGGAGAAAGAGUUCCAGACUGAGGUUGAGAUCCUGGGCAACAUUCGCCACUCGAAUAUAGUGAAGCUUUUGUGCUGCUAUGCAAGUGAGAAUUCCAAACUUCUUGUUUAUGAAUACAUGGAAAAUCAGAGCCUGGACAAAUGGCUUCAUGCAGAGGAAAAAACAUCGCCUCCUGGGUUGAGUUGGCCAACGAGGUUGAAUAUUGCCAUUGGGACUGCACAAGGCCUGUGUUACAUGCACCAUGAAUGCUCACCCCCCGUCAUCCACCGAGACGUCAAAUCUAGCAAUAUACUGUUGGACUCAGAGUUCAGAGCUAAAAUAGCAGAUUUUGGGCUCGCCAAGAUGUUGGCAAAGCCCGGUGAACUAAACACCAUGUCUGCACUAGCAGGCUCUUUUGGCUACAUUCCACCAGAAUAUGCUUACUCAACUAAGAUUAACGAGAAAGUUGAUGUUUAUAGCUUUGGUGUUGUGCUCUUAGAGCUUGUUACGGGAAGGAAGCCUAAUAUAAGCGGCGAGCGUGCAUGCAGCUUAGUUGAAUGGGCGUGGGAGCAUUUUAAUGAAGCCAAGAGCCUUACUGAUGCAUUCGAUGAGAAUGUCAAAGAACCACGUUAUGCGCAAGAGAUGGCUAAUGUCUUCAAAUUGGGCCUCCUUUGCACAAGCUCCUUGCCCUCAACCAGACCUUCCACGAAGGAGAUUUUGCAAGUACUUCGGUGUUGUCAUUCAGGUUCUACACGUAGAAAAAUGGGAAAUGAGUUUGAUAUCGCUCCUCUACUUGGGGACACAAGGUACGUUUGUAGUUACAAGGAGAGUAAUGCUGCAACCAAUAACUCAUCUUGGUGAUACAGGGUACAUUUCUAGUUGCAAGAGAAUGUUGUAAGCAAAAAUUAAGCAAGCUGUUGGUACGGCAUGUAAAGAUAGUAUUAUGCACGAAUGUGAAUAACUAAUGUUUUCUCAUUAAAAGAGUAUUAUUUUGAAAAA